AUGGAGAGCGACGUGCGACAUUGGACCCUUAGCGAUGUGAGUCUCUGGCUGCAGAGCAUGGACAUGGCAUGCUAUGCGGAGGCAUUUGAGUCGAAUCGGAUCGACGGCGAGGCUCUUGUCUUGAUGGACGAGGCUGCGCUCAAGGAUAUUGGCGUCGCAUCGAUCGGACACCGUGUGUCGCUCUUGGAUGCUAUAUACCAGAUGAAAAUCGCACAAAAUAUCCCGUUUGAGCCAGGCGACUGGGUGCCGCAGGAACUUGAGCCCCCCACGUAUCAAGACAUGACGCAGCUCUUGCGUGAGCGUGACGAGCGAAUCUACGCACUCGAGUCUCAUGUGUCGUACCUCGAUACGGCACUGAUGCAGCUGCACGAACAGAUCGCAGUCAUUUCGAAGACGCUCGGCGUGCCUCAUACAGCCCGUGUGCAGCAGUCUCAGCCACCACUGACGCAUGCCGCCUCAACAUCCACGGAGGCCCAGGACGACCGUGACGGCCAGGCGCGCGCUUUGCAGGCCACAGCGCCGCUACCAUGGAGUGAGUCGGCUCAAGAUGACCGCACGUUGGCGCCCGUACUAGAGGCUAUCGGCGCAUUGCUCCGACAACGAGGCAUGGAGCGAGCACCGAAUGAGGCACAGCAGCGCUUCCAUCCCGUCACGCUGAAUGAUCCAUGCAGUACUCUGUUGCCCUUGGCACUGCGCCUUUACGGCAUCCAUGAAGACUGGCAUAACGUUGUGUUGUUUGCAACGUCUUCUACCACAGAAUACUGUAUCGCAUACGAUGAAAAACCACUGCGGAUCCUUCAGACCAUGCAAGAAAAAUCCCCCGAUGCCGCGUUGGUGGCGCGAUACGUGGCUGACAUUGAGUCGCCCGUACAAGUGGCGUAUCGGAAAUUCCACGAUAGGCAGCAGCAGAAGCAGCUCGGUAUGGAAAUGAAGCACCCAGCCCUCCGGCAACGGGCGGGGGUACCAGGCUUGCCUGUAGCAAAAGACGCUCGACUCAUUUCAACACGUCAUCUUUUGACAUGGCCAGGCGGCGCAGAGGCACAUAGCCAUGCACACACAAGAGGCCCCGCGGCGGACCUCGCAUUCAAGCACAUUUCAUACGCGGUCGCGAUCUACCCCUACGUCUCGGAGCGCGAUGACGAAUUUGAUUUUCAAUUGGGUGAUACCUUCAUUGUAUUGUCCAAGAGCCAAGGCUGGUGGGCUCUUCGGCGCGACUCCGCAGCCGAUGGGCACGGUGAUGUGUACGUCUUGGAUCGAGCUCGACCUUCGAUCGAAGUAUGGACGGGCUGGGCCCCGACGGGCUGCCUCUUGGAAAUCGUACAGCCGAUGGCAACGAUACUGCACUCGCAAUCGUGUUAUCGGAUGCCUGAUUCACAAGAUACAUGGCAGCAGAUCAUGAUGUAUGCGCCUCUUCCAUUACUCUACGUACCAAUGAGUGGCUCUGCAGCUACCUUGCUCACAGAUGUCCCCGCGCGAGAUCACUCUUUCUCUGCAGGCGACCGCGUCCGCGUGUUUAAGCGCUAUCAUUCCUGGUCGUACUGCAUCGCCGAAAGUAUGCCGCCCUACCGUGGAUGGGUGCCCUCAUGGCUUCUUUCACGUCGCAUGAACACCCCGAUACCACCCUCGCGUGCACUUAGCUCAGGCAGUGCUCCAGGUCCCAACGCCCGUGCCACCGAGUCGGCGGCGCGUCCAUAG